AUGGCUGGCAUAGGCGAGGAAAAUCACAAGAAGCGCAAGCUCCCAGAGGUCUCCGAGAUCGAGAUCGAUGUUUCUGCACCGGAACCUCCCUCAAAGAAGGCUCUGCGAAAGCUGAAGAAGAAGGCCGCAGAAGGCCCCACGGAUACCACUACGGAGAAGAAAACAGAGGGGACUCCUGCAGACAAUGACAACGCUGCCACUCAGAAGCGCUCCGAGUAUGGCGUCUGGAUCGGAAAUCUGCCAUUUUUCGCGACGAAAGAUGAUGUGCGCAAGUUCUUUACGACCAACUGCUCCUUUGCAGAUACGACCAUCACGAGAAUUCACAUGCCCAAGUCUGGUGAUAAGCAUGGAAAAGCCCAGAACAAAGGAUUCGCUUAUGUCGAUUUCUCCACGCAGAAGGCCUCCCAGGAGGCAAUGGGCCUCAGUGAACAGCUUCUCUCCGGACGUCGCGUGCUCAUCAAAGAUGCAAAGAAUUUCUCUGGAAGGCCAGAGAAGCCUAAAGGAGAGGGUCAGAACGCAAGUUCGGGUGCAGCAUCUGGAAAUCCCCCGUCAAAGCGGAUAUUUGUCGGCAACCUCGGCUUCGACGCUACGAAGGAACUCAUCGAAGAGCACUUUUCCCAAUGCGGGACUAUCGCAAACGUACAUGUGGCCACAUUCCAAGACUCCGGCAAAUGCAAGGGUUAUGCUUGGGUAGUGUUUGAGGAUCUUGCAGCGGCCGAAGCAGCGGUGAAGGGCUACGUGCUGGUCAAGGAGGAUGAUGAAGAGGAAGAAGAGUCCGACGCCGAAAGCCGCAAAAAGGCUAAGAAGCCGCGACAGAAGAGAGUGUGGGUGAACAACCUGCUCGGUAGGCGGAUGCGCAUGGAAUUUGCCGAAGAUGCCACGACGCGCUACAAGAAGCGAUUUGGUAAGGAUGGCGAAGGCAAGAAGAACGAUAUCGCAGACAUCAGCGAGGUUGGGCCUGCAGAGCAUGAUUCGACGGGUGAGCAGUCUCGCCAGUCGCGACCGGGCAAGGCUAGGCAAGGAAAGCCAGAGUAUACCAGAUACGAUCAAGAUACUGUCCAGAAGCUCAGUGGAGCCAUUGUUGAAGGUCAAGGAAAGAAGAUCACAUUUGAUUAA